GUCUGCGUUACUUGUCUCUCUUCUGUCCCGUUAACUGAAGGAACUGGAUACAUAUGUCUGACUUUAACAUGCCAAUAUCUUUCCAUGAUUAGCUUCUGUUUUCUGUUUAAAUAGUUUUUAAUGCGGAUAGCAUCCGCAUAAGAAAGAAAACUUAGCAAGAUGAGUUUUAUAGGUAUUAUCUUAACUUUUUUGAUCCUGUGUCUGAAAUGGGAGACGCCGCUGGCUCAGACCUCCAGUGUUAAAGCUUUAUACUACAGAGACAGACAUCUCAGAGACAGGACUAGGGGCUGUCUUCUCACAGAUUGCCCUGUGGACCUGUUUUUUGUACUGGAUACAUCAGAAAGUGUUGCUUUAAGAGUUAAACCAUUUGGAAGUUAUGUCGAUGAGGUCAUGGGCUUCACUGUUUCAUUCAUUGAGCAGCUUAAAUCAAGGUAUUAUCGCUGUGAUCGAGAACUGGUGUGGAAUGCAGGUGCCUUGCACUACAGUGAUGAAGUUGAGUUGAUUAAAGAACUGAGUGAAAUGCCUGCUCAGAAAGCCGACCUGCAAGGUCGACUGAGGAAAGUCAAGUACAUUGGCAAAGGCACCUACACAGACUGCGCCAUCAAGAGAGGCACUGAGGAACUACUAGUGGGUGGUUCCCAUCGACGGGAGAACAAAUAUAUGAUUGUAGUGACAGAUGGAUAUCCCUUGGAGGGCUACAAAGAGCCAUGUGGGGGCUUAGAGGAUGCUGCUAGUGAGGCCAAGCACCUUGGUAUCAAAGUGUUUUCUGUGGCUAUCUCUCCAAGUCACUUGGAAACCAGACUGAAUGUUAUUGCAACAGAUAACACAUACAGGCAAAAUUUCACUGCAACGGGUACCAUUGCAAAACAGAAGGAAGAGACAAUUCGCAAUAUUAUUGAUCUUAUUGUUAAAGAAUCAGAACAUGCGUGCUGUUCCUUCGAAUGCCAGCCACCCAGAGGUCCAAUUGGUUCACCUGGAGAGCGAGGCUAUGAUGGCGAAGCUGGAAGACCAGGUUUACCUGGAGAGAAGGGAGCAGCAGGAGACCCAGGAAGGCAAGGUGACAUUGGACCUGUUGGUUACCAGGGCAUGAAGGGUGACAAAGGAGGCAGAGGCGAAAAGGGCGAGAAAGGAGCUAGAGGUUACAAGGGAGAAAAGGGGCAGAGAGGAAUUGAUGGUGUAGAUGGAAAAAAGGGUGAAGCAGGAUUCAAUGGCUUACCAGGCUGUAAAGGGUCCCCUGGGCAUGAUGGAGAUACAGGCGGUGCAGGACCUAAGGGAGACCCUGGCCCUUAUGGAGCAAAAGGAGACAAGGGAGAUCCCGGACGUGAUGGAGAAAGAGGCCGGCCUGGAAACAAUGGAGCUCCUGGACCCAAAGGAGAACCUGGAGACAGAGGAUCAAAUGGGGAAAAAGGAGAAAGAGGUGAUGAUGGUGAACCCGGCCCAGAUGGUCCCAGAGGAGAGAAGGGUAAUCCUGGGGAAAGGGGCGCACCAGGAACUCCAGGGGCAAGAGGAGCCAGAGGUGAUCCGGGUGAUCAAGGACCGGCUGGUGAAUCAGGACGGGAAGGCUCUCUUGGUCUUGAUGGAGAUCCUGGUGAACGUGGUCCAGUUGGCCCGAAAGGUUAUAAAGGAGACGAGGGUCUUCCUGGCCCUGAGGGUGUUAAAGGACUUCGGGGACCAAAGGGUGCUCCUGGUGAUCCUGGUGUUAUGGGCGAAAGGGGAAGUGAUGGUGGCCCCGGCAAUGGGACCCUGGGAUUUCCAGGCUUCCAAGGAUACCCUGGGCCAAGAGGCGAUCCUGGAAAUAAAGGUCCAAAAGGCUACCCAGGGCCUAAGGGAGAUGAUGGAGAACCUGGUGAUCCUGGACCAGAUAAUGAUUCCCCAGGACUUCCAGGACCAAGAGGUCCAAAGGGACACAGAGGACCUGAAGGACAACCAGGACCUAUGGGACCACCAGGACCUCCAGGAUCUGAUGACUGUGAAAUCUUGGACAUAAUCAUGAAGAUGUGCUCUUGCUGUGAAUGUAAAUGCGGACCUAUUGACAUCAUGUUCGUCCUGGACAGCUCUGAGAGUAUCGGAAUUCAGAACUUUGAACUUUCCAAAGAUUUCAUUAUUAAAGUACUUGACAGGCUAGCCAGGGAUGAAAAGGUCAAGUUUGAUGGAAAAGAAUCCAGAGCUGGAGUUGUUCAGUACAGUCAUGAAAAAACUGAGGAGCUGGUGGCCAUGGGUGAUGCCAACAUUAAAUCCAUCCGAGACCUGAAAACAGCUGUGAAGAGCCUUCAAUGGAUUGCUGGUGGCACCUUCACUGGAUCUGCAUUGCAGUUUUCGAAGGAAAAUCUGUUAUCAAAAUUUAAGCAGGGUAAUCGGGUGGUCCUCGUUUUAACAGAUGGACGGUCAGAUACAAUAAGAGACACCACUCCACUUUCAGUGCUUUGCGAAGUCACCACUCAGGUAGUCUCUGUUGGUGUUGGGGAUAUUUUUAAGAAGAAACCCAGAUCUGAACAGCUGGGACAAAUAUCCUGCUCCAGCGCUCCUUCACCUGGAAUCAGCUUACAGAGAGACAAUUUUGCAGAACUUCUGGAUGAUUCCUUCUUGUAUAACUUGACCCGUCAUAUAUGUCGAGAGAAGAAGUGCCCAGACUACACUUGCCCAAUUUCUUUCACAUCCAAUGCAGACAUCACAAUUUUAAUGGAUGGUUCAUCCAGUGUGGGGAGUCGAAAUUUUGAUGUCAAGAAAAGUUUUGUGAAACGUCUGGCUGAGCGUUUCUUAGAAGCCAAGAAACCAUCCCAAGAUGCAGUGCGAGUGUCUGUGGCCCAAUACAGUGGCAAACGACAACAGAAGCUAGAAGUUACCUUCUCCACAAAUUACACAGAUAUUUCCUCCAAGAUUGACCAGAUUGACUUCAUGAAUGAAGCCACUGAUAUUAAUGCUGCCCUAAGUUUUAUAAUAAACCAGUACAAGAAAAGCCGGACUGGAGCCCUGAAAAAAGUUCUUAUUUUUUCAGAUGGCCGUUCGCAAGGCAUCACUAGUGCAGACAUUCAGAAGCGAGUGCAGGAGGCCCAGGCAGCAGGUAUUGAGAUUUAUAUUCUGGCUGUGGGCAGCCAGGUGAAUGAUGGCAACCUUCGCUUGCUUGUGAGCAAGUCUGGCACAUAUGAAGUGGCACACGGGGAACGCCAUCUGUUCAGGGCAACUGACUAUGCCUCUUUGUUGAGGGGGGUAUUCUACCAGACAGUAUCAAGAAGAAUUUCUCUGACCAACUGAAGUAUUCCAGUAGAAUGGGGGGGUGGGUAAAAAAGCAGAUGGUUUCAAAUGCACAUGGCAUUUGUAGUCAAGACUUGCAUUACAUUGCAUUUACACAUUCUUCACACAUUCUUUUUGUUGUAUGCUUCAAUGGCAAAAGGUAAGCAGGGACCCCUUGACUUAAAUGCUUACUAAAUAGCACAAGGCUUUCAUAAUAUAGCUUAAUCAAUCCGUAUAGAAAACCUUGCGCCCUGUGCUGUUUGUCCCAUUUAUGAAUGGCAUCCUGAAUCCAAGACUGCAAAGCUUUUUUUAAAAAAGGUCACUUAAAUUAUUGUAUACUACUUACUUUCGUAGUACUUGUGUCCAUUCAUCGUAUUAUUUUGCAAUCAGACACGUUUUAUCAUACCAAAUAUUGGUAAGAAACACAGCUACACUUAUACUUAUACACUUAUAUAGAUUAUUCACUAUUGACUACAAUGCCAUAUAAGAAAGCCUUUGAGUCUACAAAAUUACAACAUUUUUGUCCUCAGUGGUAUUGCCUUCUGUUUUUAGUUAAAACUUGCAAUGUGCAUUGAUCAGUUUUAUUUUUGCUGAUGGACAAAAAAUAAAAAUAAUAAAUGCAACUUCUGUUUUGCACGUUUCAAUCUACCCAUAAAUACAUUAGACAUAAUGACAAAUAAAUUAAUCUUGGUGCUAUUUUUUAAAUACAAAUGUAUUUCCUUUGUCAAAGAUUUUUAAGACAAAAAUUAAAAAACCAUUAA